GUGGGCGUGGCUUAACGAGCCGUCCAAUCCCGCAGCGCCAGGACGCCCGGAUCAUCGUGGGGCUCUUCUACGAGACCGAGGCGAGGAAGGUCUUCUGUGAGGUCUACAAGGAGAAGCUCUACGGCAAGAAGUACGUCUGGUUCCUGAUUGGUUGGUACGCCGACAACUGGUUCCGCAUCAAGGACCCGGCCAUCAACUGCACCGAGGCCGAGAUGGCCGAGGCCGUUGAAGGCCACGUCACCACGGAGAUCGUCAUGCUCAACCCCGAGAACACCCGCAGCAUCUCCAACAUGGUACUGGGAGCACUGGGAGAACUGGGAGGGGUCAGCUGA